UAAGAUGAGAAAAUGUGGAUGCGGCGCAAACGUAAACUAGAAUUCUAGACGUUAAGGUGAAUCUGUGAAUCGUAAGAUUAGAAACCACACAAUGCCUGAGCCAAUUGUUAACGAGUUUCAUGUGGCGCCCGUCUGGCUUACUCGCGAUUACGUCGAACAGAAGCUGCGGCUGUACUUUAAGGAUGCCAAACUGCAACUGAUGGAAUUACAGGUGACUCCCGGGACUGCAAACGGGGAAAACUACGCCAGCGUGAUGACGCGCAUCAAUGUAGAGUUUAAGGACAAGGAUCUGGCAAAUCAGCGAGCCACAUUUCUGGUAAAGACCACAUUUGCUGACAAGGAUCCAGCUGCUCAUCUACUCGGUCCCUACGGCAUCUAUGUGCGAGAAAUGGAUAUGUACCAGGAGGUGCUUCCCAAGUUGGCUGCAAAAGUAAUUAGAUCCUUGAAGGAUGAUAAGGAGUUGCAUGAUCGCUAUGCUGAGAAAUUCAAGGGAGUCGUCGACCAUAUUUGUACUAUGGCGAAAGGACAAUGUUGCUGCAUCAUAUUUGACCAUCACAUUAUUGGUCCAAACAUCGCCAUGUGCCAGAACAUUCACAGAAUCACUUAUAGGUUCAAAACACUCCCGUCCAAUGUCCAUGUAGUGCGGAGCCAACUCAAACAGCUUCUGGGCGUAUGGAGCACAUUCUGGUUCCUGGGUCAUCCAUCGAGCGGCUGCCAAAAGACCACCGACAAAAUAUCCGCUCCCGAAUGGUCCAGAUUUUCCAACCCAUUCACAAACCAAGCGCCUCAAGCUCACUUCAAUUACUUUCUCACAAUGUCGGUUACGGAUCUGAUAAGUGCACUCGAUGCUAUUCCAAAGCACAUCACAGUGGUUCCUGAAUCGAAUCCUAUUUUUCUUGAUGCCCCCGAUUGGCUAACAGAAAACUAUUUACUCAAUGCUAUGCGCAAGUUCUAUGGCGAUGAAAAGUUGAAGAUCACAGCCUUGGAUGGUUGUCCCGCUCUAGGACGAGGCGAAAACUAUGGAGGUGUUUUGACUCGCAUCAAGGCGGAGUUUACAACACGAGGCAAAUCGCAGAUUGGACACUAUAUAGUAAAGACCUCGUUUGAAAGCGAUGAGUUUUCACGCAAAACCAUGGAGCCCUACGAUAUAUUCAAUCGGGAAAUGUCCGUCUAUGAACAGAUCCUGCCAAAGCUCAAAGCACUUCUGCUGGAAAUCAAUGAUGAGGAGCAAAUCUUUGCAGAGACAAUGGCUGUUGACUAUGAUCGAUCUGCGCUGAUCUUUGAGGAUCUCAGGGUACGUGGCUUCACAAUGCCCGAUCGUCUGAUAGGCUUAGACCUGAAGCUGGCUAAAAUAGUGCUACGUAAAUUGGCCAAAAUGCAUGCCACAUCAGCUGUUCUCAAUGAGCGAGAGUGUGGCGCCCUGGAGACCUAUGAUCGUGGCAUGUUUAAUCGGCACACUGACAACUAUGCGCCAUGCUUUCUGGGCAUGCUACAGGCAGCCAGCAGACGUGUUGCACAAUGGCCAGGAUAUGAACAAUACGCCGAUAAAUUGAAUGCCCUUCUUCCAAUUUAUAUGGAGCUGGGCAAGCGCGUCUUCGAUGUUUGUCCGGGCGUUAAUGUCUUGGCUCACGGCGAUCUCUGGACAAACAAUGUGCUAGUCAAGUACGAUAAGGCCACCGGAGAAGCUGAGGAUAUCAUCAUUAUCGAUUUCCAGUAUGCAGCUUGGGGAUCACCAGCAAUUGAUCUAUUCUACUUUUUGAAUUCUUCGAUGGAGUUCGAUGUUCAUGUGAAUAAUCAGGAGGAGCUUAUUCAACACUACUUCGAGAUCUUCUCAGAGACGCUACGAAAACUUCGUUACAAGGCGCCGAUUCCUAGCCUUCACAAAUUUCACUUGGAUUUAAAGAAAAAGUCAUUCUAUGCUAUGCAUACUAGCUUCAAUGUCUUUGCUGUCCAGCGAAAUGUGGAAACAGCAGAUGCGGACUUUAAUGCUCUAAUGUCGACGAAUCAGCGUGGUAUUAAUUUUAAGAACGGUUGCUAUAACAACCCAAUAACGCAAAGAGUUCUUCGAAAACUGUUGCCUAUCUUUAACAACCAGGGUUUACUCGAUGCAGAUCAGUAAAGUUUCAAUCAUUUUAUUUUUGUGAUAUUUCUUUAUUACCUGCAUACAUUUUGAUAGUUAUUAAGACAUUUCUAUACUCUUAUUAUCCUAAUACAAAUAUAUAUUGAAAACCAAAUUAAACAAUAUAACAAACAAA